AUGUCAGGGGACCUAGAAGCCAAGAGCUAUGGUUACACACAUAUCAGUGUUCAGAAGUUCUGCUACGAGUGGACCAUUAGCAACUUUUCAUUUUGCAUGGAUGGAAUUCGGGAAAAUAUUGCAAGCCCAGUGUUCUCAUUAGAGGCCAGUGAAGAAGUGCAAUGGUGUAUGAGGAUACACCCAAAUGGUGUUGAUGAAGAAAGCAAAGAUUACCUGUCAGUUUACCUGAGUUUGGUCAGUUGUCCAGAGAGCCCAGUUUGGGCAAAGGUACAGUUCUGGAUCAUAAAUGCCCAAGGAGAGAAACAUCAAGUUAAAAAGAUCCCAAAUGUUUUAAGGUUUCUGCCAAAGGAACAAUGGGGAUACAAAAAGUUCAUCCUUCGAGAUUUCCUCCUCUCCCAUAGGGACUGGCUUCUUCCUGAAAACCAACUCACCCUGUGCUGCAAGGUAAGCGUAGUAGGACCCUUCUUUAGCACGCCUGGACAGAACAUGAAACCUGCAAUCAGGGAUCCAAUGCAGAUGUUGGCAGAUGGCCUAGGGGAUCUAUGGGAGAAUUCCGUCUUCACAGACUGCAGCCUUGUGGUAGCCGGCCAGGAAUUCAGAGCUCAUAAGGCCAUCCUAGCAGCUCGCUCUCCAGUUUUCAGAGCCAUGUUUGAACAUGAAAUGCUGGAGAACCUAACAAACCGCGUUGAGAUCCAUGACAUUCAUCUGCAUGUCUUUAAGGAAAUGAUGGGCUUUAUUUACACAGGGAAGGCACCAAACCUCCACAACCACUCAAUGGCCACUGGUUUGUUGGCAGCUGCUGACAUGUAUGACCUGCAGGACUUGAAGGUCAUGUGUGAGGAUGCCUUGUGCAGGAACCUCUCUGUGGAGAAUGCUGUAUCCACUCUCAUCCUGGCUGACCUCCACAGCACAGAGCACCUAAAGACUAAGGCCAUGGAUUUCAUUAUACUUCAUGCUUCUGAAGUCUCUGAGACCUUGGCUUGGAAGUCAAUGGUAGAGUCACAUCCCCACUUGGUGGAGGAAGCAUUUCGCUCCCUGGAUUCUAUACAGUGUCCUUUCUUGGAGCCCUCACUCAAACGCCGAAAGAUAAUUUAG